AUGUUUCGGAAGCCAUCGACCGCCCUCUUUCAUCUUUUGCUCGUGUUCCUGUUUGUAGGAGAUCUCGGGUCGGUUUUCACAGGUGCUAAUGCCAUAGAUUGCCUCGAAGGAUGGAGUCUGCCAUCGAUAGUGACCAAGGGUGUAUAUGUGUGUAAACAAAAAGUCGGUCAAGCGAUUGCUUAUCCCCGUUUUUGCUCUGUGUGUGGAAGGAAUGAUAAUCAAUUACCUUCUGCUUUUGAUUGCCACGGCCCGAAACCAUUGAGCACAACGGGAUCAUUCCCUUGUGACGCCGGAAUAUCUAUCGAUGAAGGAAGCAACCCAGCCAGACCUAUCUCUUGCAGGCAUAAAGACCCUGAUGGGGUCGCCAGAGAGUAUCGUUGCGUGCGCCAGCAUCUGCCUCAACAAUGUCCAGAGGCCAGCUGUCACGUUUAA